AUGGGUGCCGCCAGUACUGGAGCCGAAUCGCUGGAGUGCUGCAAUACUGCACCUCCCACUAGCACCGCCUCUUCGCCUCCGCUUCCGCCCAACCAGUCCGCAAACCGGACCAGCACCGUCCAGCAGCCGGCCACGGUGGCAGUACCACCACACCGGACCGGUACCGCUAUGCCAGCGUCCAUUUUGAAUUCUGCCACGCAACCGCCCACUGUCACGUUGCCGACGCCGCCACCACCGCCACCGCCCACCACCGUCUAUCUUGCAACCCAGCACCACUACGCGCACGGCAAGGACGAGCGCAAAAAGCUUGACAUCGAGAACAACAACAGCCAGCAGCAAAUGCAUCAGCAACAGCAACCGCCCGCAACGGUGCUGCCGGUCCAGCAAAACGGUGUCGGGCACCAUCUGUACGUGAACCCGGUACAGGCAAAUGGGCUUAACAUUGAGCUAUACCUCCAGCAAGCGUUCCUGGACGAGCACGAGUACUUCAAUCAGCUGAACAACAACAACAGUAACAACAUACACACGAAGCUGGCGCCGCUUGCCACCGCCGGUACGGUGUCGCUUUACUCCGAGUACACCGUCGACACGCCGCACACGGUCGACGACUCCAAUCUGUCCGGGUCCUGCCAAUGUUUCUUCGCCCGGUACUGCAAAACGCGGCGCCGUUCGUCCUCCGCCUCUACCGCCACCUGCUGUCACGGGGGUGGUACGGGUGGUGGCGCGGGUGGUGGUGUGUCCGAGAACCAAACGAAGGGAUCGCAAGGCAAGGCAGCUGCCAAGGCGAAGCGGGGUCUGCCGACGGUAAAGGAACAGGAGCAACCAAAGCCCAAACCUCACCCCACCGGUCCGGCAGGCGGUGGUGGGGGUGGUGGAGGCGCUGCUGCACGGAAUCGGGGUGCAGCUGGGCGGGGUGCUGGCGCCACCGAUACCGAUCCACUCAUGAGACGUCCGCGCCGCAAGAAGGACUCGAGCGAGCAGGACCUCUCCGCGAAGUUCCAGCAGCAAAACCAACAGCAGCAACAGCAGCAACAACCGGCCGCUAGCAAUGGGGACGCUGGCCGACAGCAGCAACAACAAUCGAAGUAA